AUGGCCAAUAAGGAUAAUGGGGCUGCUGCUAAGCCCUUGUCUUACGCUGAGUCGGUAAGUGCUAAUACUGUGAAGAAAGUAAACUUUCGGUCGCUUGCUAGUUCCGUUAAUCAGGAGGGUUGUGAUGUUGUGUUGCCGAGGGAAUCUGUCCGUUCGGUGCAGGAUAAGAUGGCUAAUACUCUUUAUGGGUAUUUUUUGGGUGAUCGUGUGGCUUUCCCGGUGGUUGAUUAUUUUGUGCGUGUGCAAUGGAAGAAGUAUGGCUUGCAGAAAACUAUGAUGAAUGCUAACGGCUUUUUCUUUUUUAAGUUUAAAGAUGAGAAUGAGAAGAAGGAGGUAAAGAAGGUGCAGUUAUGGGUUAAAAUUCAUGAGGUGCCGAUUGCGGCCUACACGGAAGAUGGUCUUAGUCUGAUCGCUACAACUAUUGGGGAACCAAAGAUGCUGGAUUCGUUUACUACGUCUAUGUGCUUGGACUCAUGGGGUAGGAGUAGUUACGCUAGAGCCCUAAUAGAAAUUUCAGCCGAUAAGGAGUUUCGGGAGGAAAUAACUAUGGCAAUUCUGGAAUCUGAAGGGGAGGGGUUUGUGAAAGAGACGAUGUAUGUGGAGUAUGAAUGGAGUCCGCACCGAUGUCCCACUUGUUGUGUGUUCGGCCACAAUUUGGAUUCUUGUCCAAAACAACCUACGAAACCUUUCAAGCCGAUGCAUGAGGAGCUUAAUCGGAAUGUUCAAAAAAAUCGUUCAACUAAGAAGACGCAGGUUGUGGAUAAGGAUGGGUACACAGAGGUUCAUGGUAAGAAAAUUGCUAAAAAAGUUGGAAUUCCGGUCAAUAAGCAAAAACCUAGAUUUGAAUAUCGUCCUAUAGGGCCGAAACCUAAAGGUGACAGUAACAAGGCUUCGAGUUCUAAGAGUACUAGAUCAAAUAACCCGUUUGAUAUUCUUAAUGAAGAGGAGGCUGAUUUGGAUGACUCCCGCAAGGAGUCUACGAAUUCGGGUAGGGGCAAUGACGACUCUGAUGACGAUGUAGAGGAGGUGUACACUGAAAUGGAUGAAUUCAUGACAGAUGGCACUCUUAAGAGUAAACCUAAAGGGGCAAGCACUCCUUCUCCAAUAGUUAAUAAUGAGUCUCAUGUGGAUGUCAGUAAUUUGAGUAAAGUUUGUAAUUCCGUUUUUCGCUCGUGGGAUUGGACUUCUAAUGGAGGAUGUUGUGAUAAAGGCACUAGAAUCAUUAUUGGUUGGAACCCGGCUAUCUUUGAUGUGAUGAUUUUGUCGCAAUCUCCUCAGGUUAUGCAUAUUCAGCUUGUUUUUAAAAUUGAUAAAAGAAUGGUGUUUUGCUCUUUCGUGUAUGCUGAUAACUAUUAUGUCUCACGUAAACAAUUAUGGCAUAAUUUGUCGAUGCACAAGAUCCUGGUGGGGAACAAACCUUGGUGUCUCAUGGGUGAUUUUAACACGGCUCUGAAUCUUGAAGAUAAUUCUAUGGGAUCAUCGAGUGUUUCUAUUGGCAUGCGUGAUUUUCAAGAGUGUGUAGAUGAGAUUGAGGUCGUUGAUAUUAAUCGUACGGGGAUGCAUUUUACUUGGAGCCAAAAGCCAAAGAAUGGGGUGGGCCUUAUGAAAAAAAUUGAUCGUGUUAUGGGAAAUACUCCUUUUAUUGCUGAUUACCCGAAUUCUGUUGCUUUUUUCAAGCCUUACAGAUUAUCCGAUCAUUGUCCGUGUAUCUUAUCUUUUCCGGGAGCGGGUAUGGUGAAGCCGAGGCCGUUCAAGUUUGCUAACUUUUUGGUCUUCAAGCCGGAAUUUUUGGAUAUUGUUAAAAGUGUGUGGGAUACCAGUGUCAGCGGAGUGCACCAGUUCCGGGUGGUCAAAAAACUUCGGAUGCUUAAACACCCGCUUCGCUCUUUAUUGUUUAAACAGGGAAAUCUUCACAAGAAAGUGGAAACUCUUCGUUUGAAGCUAGAUGAGAUUCAGCAAAGUAUUGACCGUGAUCCGAACAAUGUCGAGCUUCAGGUGGCUGAAAGGGAGGCUGGCCGUGAUUUAUUAGAAGCUUCGCUGGACGAGGAACGGUUUCUAAAACAAAAGUCUAAGGUAGAUUGGUUAAGGGAUGGUGAUUCGAACUCGGCUUUCUUCCAUUCUUCAUUAAAAAUCCGGAAUCAUUUCAGCCGAAUAGAUGUGAUUAAAGACCCGGAUGGUAACCUUUUUGAAGGUGAUGCGGUUUUUCAACCGUUUGUUAAUCAUUAUCAGAAGUUUUUUGGUUCUCAAGGGGAUAUCUCGCUCUCUCCGGCCCCAGAUUUGUUCUCUAAAAUCAUUGAUCCUCAAAAGGCUUCCCAUAUGAUUCGGCCCAUAACUGUAGAAGAGGUUAAAAAAGCGAUGUUUUCUAUCGGCAUUGACAAAGCCCCGGGUCCGGAUGGCUAUUCAGCGGCUUUCUUCAAAAGUGCUUGGCCUAUUAUAGGUAAUGAUGUGACUUGUGCCAUUCUGGAUUUUUUUGAAACAGGUAAGCUUCUUCAGGAAUUGAAUCACACGACCAUUGUUCUUAUCCCGAAGGUGCCUACUCCUGCAACGGUUGUUGACUAUCGCCCUAUUGCUUGUUGCAACGUUUUAUACAAGUGUAUAAGCAAGAUCGUGGCUGAUAGAAUUAAAAUUGUUCUAAAUGACAUUGUUAGCAUCAAUCAGUCGGCUUUUGUUCCAGGAAGGAGAAUAUCUGAUAAUAUUAUGCUCACGCAAGAAUUGAUGCAUAAUUACCAUAGAAAUACGGGUCCUCCUCGUUGUGCCUUCAAAGUUGAUAUUCAGAAAGCGUACGACACUGUUGAUUGGAGAUUUCUUAAGAGUGUGUUGCUUGGCUUUGGUUUUCACAUGAAUAUGGUGAAUUGGAUCAUGGCUCUGGUCUCUACGGAUUCGUUUUCUGUUUGUGUUAAUGGGUCGGUUCAUGGGUUCUUUAAAGGCAGCCGUGGGUUAAGACAGGGAGACCCGAUCUCUCCUUACCUUUUCACUCUAGUCAUGGAAGUCUUAACGGCCAUCCUUUUGCAUGCGGUUCGUAUAGACUCAUCGUUUAAAUUCCAUAAUAAAUGCGAAAAACAGCAAAUCAUAAACCUUUGUUUUGCGGAUGACUUGUUCAUUUUUGCUAGAGGAGAAGUCAAUUCGGCAAGGUGUGUUAUGACAUCUCUUUCUAUGUUCACCAGGAUGUCGGGGUUAGUUCCUAACAAUCAGAAAAGCACGAUCUUUUUUUGUAAUGUUAACAGCCAUGUCAAGGAUGCUAUUCUGAAUAUUAUGCCUUUUGUGGAAGGAAAAUUGCCUGUCAGGUAUUUGGGUGUGCCUCUAAUUUCUUCUAGACUUGGGUAUAAUGAUUGUCGAGUUCUGAUUGAAAGACUAGAGAAGCGAAUCACAAACUGGAGAAACAAGUUGCUCUCUUUUGCUGGUAGACUUCAACUUAUUAUCUCUGUCCUCUCUUCCAUGCAUAUCUAUUGGGCGUCCGUGUUUAUCUUGCCGGCUAGGAUAAUUCAGGAGCUAGAAGCCAGUAUGCGGAAUUUCCUUUGGUCUCAAGAAAGCUCGUUUAAUAAAGGGAAAUCUAAAGUUUCUUGGAAAAUGGUUUGUACUCCAAAAUAUGAAGGGGGCUUGGGCAUUAGACGAAAUGGAGAUAUGAAUAAGGCUCUUAUGGCUUCUCACAUCUGGAGUAUCGUGUCUAAGCGAGCUUCGCUGUGGGUUGAGUGGGUUCAUAGCUACCACUUAAAAGGAAGGAGUUUUUGGGUUUGCAAAACUCCUGCAAAUUGCUGCUGGUCUUGGAGGAAAUUGAUUCAGUUACGCCCUCUAAUCAGAAAGCAUAUUUGGUCGGUUGUUGGGAAUGGGACUAGCACGUCGGCCUGGUACGAUUUUUGGUGUGAUCCGGGUCCGUUAAGUGAUUUUCUUACGCCAAGAACCAUUACGGAUGCGGAUUUUAAGUUAGAUGAUUCAGUGGCUAAUGUCUAUUCUUCUGAUUCUUGGCGAUGGCCUACGGUUUGGAGAGAUUUGUUUCCCGUGCUCAUUCAGCUUGACCAGAUGCAGUUAAAUCCAGCAAAGCAGGAUAGACUUUUAUGGAAGGAUGGUACGGACUUAGCCGAAUUCUCCUCGUCCAACGUUUGGCAUUCGGUUAGGUAUAAGGAGCCGGAAGUUAACUGGUGUAAUAUUGUUUGGUUCUCGCAAUGUAUUCCGCGGCAUGCCUUUAUGGUGUGGUUGGUCAUGAAAGUGAGGCACAAGGUGGGUAUGUCUUCGGUUAACCCGAAGUGGAGGGAUAUUGUAGAUUGGCUUCUUGCUCGUGCUAGAUCAAAGUCGGUUGCGGUCUAUGUUGCUAAGCUUGUAGUGGCGGCUGGUUCUUACUUCAUAUGGCAAGAGAGGAACAAUCGUCUAUUCAAAAAUCAGCUGAGACCUCCGGAAAUGGUUAGUGAAGUUAUUUUGAAGACGGUUAGAUACAAACUUAUGGGAGCAAAGCUAAAGAAUACUGUGAAGGUGCGAAAGCUUCUAGAAGAUUGGGAUAUUCGUGGGGACGUUGAUGACGGUUGUGGCGGCUAA